GGCUUUGAUUUCUAAACCCACCCUAUUACAUUUCCAUCACAGUGAAGGACAGACGACACAUACAACAAAAAAAUUCAGCUUAUACCCAUCAACAAAUACCAAGAGCAGCAACAAUAUCAAAAGUUUUUUCCUUAUAUCAGAGCUAUCAUGUCUACAUCUAAUCAAUCCCCUGGCUUUAACAGACCCAGAUUGGUCACCAGAAAGGUCCUAGCCACUCCCCAGUAUGAGGGUGAUGGUGCUGUUGUUAGAAGAGGCAUUGGAAGGAGUGAGCUGAAGUUCUUGGAUCCUUUUCUUAUGUUGGAUCAUUUUUCAGUGACUCGUCCUGCUGGAUUUCCUGAUCACCCACAUAGAGGUUUUGAGACUGUUACAUAUAUGCUUCAGGGAGGCAUCACUCAUCAAGAUUUUGCAGGGCAUAAGGGAACAAUUCACACUGGAGAUGUGCAGUGGAUGACUGCGGGAAGAGGGAUAGUCCACUCAGAAAUGCCUGCAGGAGAAGGAACACAGAAGGGAUUACAGCUUUGGAUAAAUCUAUCUUCCGAAGACAAAAUGAUCGAACCAAGGUAUCAAGAACUUUCAAGUGAUGACAUCCCAUGGGCAGAAAAAGAUGGUGCUGAAGUACGAGUUAUAGCAGGAGAAUCAAUGGGAGUUAGGUCUCCAGUAUACACAAGAACAUCAUCAAUGUAUCUGGAUUUCACUCUGAAACCAAGAGCUCAAGUCCAUCAAAGCAUUCCAGAAUCAUGGAAUUCAUUUGUUUAUAUUAUUGAAGGUGAAGGUGCCUUUGGCUCGCGAAACUCGUUGCAAGCAACUGCUCACCAUGUUAUGGUUUUGGGUUCUGGAGAUGGUUUAAGCGUGUGGAAUAGAUCUUCCAAGCCAUUAAGAUUCAUACUAGUUGCAGGCCAACCGAUCAAUGAACCAGUGGUACAGCAUGGACCUUUUGUAAUGAACACACAAGCUGAAAUUGAACAAACUAUUGAGGACUACCACAAUUGCAAGAAUGGGUUUGAAAUGGCCGAGUAUUGGAGAUCUCAAUAAAUGGGGUAAGUGAAAAUAGAAAAAAGCUUUCAAUUCUUGAAAGCGCAUUGUAACCAUUAGAAGAAAACAGAAAGCUCAUAAGAAAUAAAGGAAUGCUAUUGCUAUCUUAAUCAGAGUCACAGUCUCUAUCAGUCAAGAUCUCUAUUUAUAUAAAAUCAAUCAAAUUGUAAGCUGAAAAGGAUGUUUUGGUUACUGAUUGGAGCAAGAACUUCUAGAAGAACCAAAGUGUAAAUGGAAGAGCUAAAGAUGGCUAUCAGAAAAGUCAUGGUGGGUCAGCUUAAUCACAGUUGAUCUCUUUAUUUCAAUCAUCCUCAACCAGAAUUUUCCAGUUUUAAAAACAUAUUUUGUGGUAGUUGAUGAUUAAAUCUUUAUUAUUUUUUCCUUGAAGAUUAUUUUGAUGAUUUGUUUUCCUUUAUGUGUUUUGAUGGUAGUAGAAAUGGUGGUAGGGUAGUUUUCUUGUGA